AGUUUCGUCUCUAGAAAUAUUUCUCCAUGGACAUCGUCUUCUGUCUGACCAAUCCUUAAUCUGGGAAAAGUCGUAAAGUAAUCCUAAUCAAUUAACGUCCAAGAGGGUGUUCUUGAGUCUUCACCUGACCUUCGCCCAACAUGUGCGCUGGGUUCUCAAGGUGUCUCUCUUUGGUUUCUGGAAGUGGGUUUUCUCCAUAUAGUCUUGCUACCCCUUCUCGUUUUCCCCCCUCUCCGCAUGAGUUCUGCAUUUUCUUCCGGCCUCCGAAUUCUCAAAGUAGAUUUCGAGCCACGUUCAGGAUUCGGGUUCUGUCUCUGUCGGUGAGUCUGGAGGGACGACAAUAACUGCUGGCGGUUUUGGCGUUGGGGGAAAAUUAGAAAGAGUGAGGUAGGCAGAAAUGGUAGCUGAGCUUUUUUGUUCGAGUUCACGAGAUUGUUUUGGAUUGUCACCGGAAAGGUGUUUGACGAAAGUCCUGGGAGACACUCAACUUUAUUAGUGAAGGCUGACCUGUUUUUGGUUAUAUUGCAGCCAUUGUAGACGUGUUCAAGAACUUGAGAGAGGACAGAAGUAAGAGAGAGCGAGAGAGCGAGAGAGAGCGAGAGGGAGAGAUACUUUCUUUCUGCCUCAUUCAAAUACCCUUGCAAUUUUGAAAUGAAUCACUCUGGAGUAGCCUGUGACAAAAAAACAGCUUCCUUCGAAGUCGUGAAGGACCGUAAUGGGAUAGACCAGGUCGUGCUUCAGAAUUCUCGCGGGGCUUCAGCCCGGGUUAGUUUGCAUGGAGGGCAAGUUCUUUCAUGGAAGACUGACCAUGGAGAGGAACUAUUGUUCAUUAGCAGUAAGGCAAUCUUUAAGCCACCAACCCCAGUACGCGGAGGAAUUCCAAUUUGUUUCCCACAGUUUGGAAAACGAGGAUCACUGGAGCAACAUGGAUUUGCCAGGAACAAGAUUUGGGUUAUGGAUGAUCAUCCUCCACCACUACAGCCUAGUGACUCCAGUGGCAAAUCAUUUAUCGACCUGCUUCUUAAACCAUCUGAAGAUGAUCUCAGGAUCUGGCCACACGGUUUCGAGUUUCGUCUUAGGGUGUCUUUAUCGGCAAAUGGGCACCUGACCUUGAUAUCACGUGUCAGAAACAUCAAUUGCAAGCCGUUCAGUUUUUCAAUGGCGUAUCAUACAUAUUUCUCCAUAUCUGAUAUCAGUGAAGUUAGAAUUGAGGGAUUGGAGACACUUGACUACCUUGACAACCUAUGCGAGAAAAAGCGCUUCACAGAACAAGGAGACGCUUUAACAUUUGAGUCUGAGGUGGAUCGGGUGUAUCUUGGCUCCUCAGAUACGGUUGCAAUUUUUGAUCAUGAAAGGAAACGGACUUUCCUAAUUCAAAAGGAAGGACUUCCAGAUGUAGUGGUCUGGAAUCCAUGGGAGAAGAAAUCCAAGUCCAUGACCGAUUUCGGGGACGAAGAAUACCGACAGAUGCUCUGCGUCGAUGGGGCAGCGAUAGAGAAGCCGAUCACUCUCAAGCCAGGGGAGGAAUGGACAGGACGGUUGGAGCUCUCUUACGUCCCGUCAAGCUAGGUCCGACGGAAGCUCGACGUCGGGUUCUGAGUGUACAAUGAAUAAUGGAGGGGAGAUGCUACAGUCUAAUGACGGUCCACUGUUUUUGCUGUUGGAAGCAUAUCCUUGCUAAGAUCAGAUGUAUUAUUAGGACAAUAAGCAGCUUCCAAAAAGGUCGUCGUUGUUCCCUGUUCGCAGAGAGUCCUUUUUCUUCUCUCAGCAGUAAUGUGAUGAUCAGUAUCAGCAAACUUUGUAUGAGCAUUGGCUACUUAUGUACAAUAUAAUCUCUCUCUCUCUCUCUCUCAUGAAAAAAGAAGAAGUUAAA